CGGCAGCCGAGCGCGGCGAGCGGUGGGGUUGUGAUGCGGCACUGCGGUUCUGAGGCCGUUACUCGGCUCCUCCAGAUAGGGCGGAGGAGGAGGUCGGAGCGCGGCGGUGAUUUUGUGCCCGGGCUUCCCGGAGGCACGCUGAAAAGGCUGGCCGGGCUGAAGAAGCUGGGGGGUUAGGGACGCACAGUCAAGCCCCCACCCCCUGGGAGGGGAAGGGGGCUGGAGCGAGGCUUGAGGGCUGCGGAGAGAUGGUGCCUGGUCGGGGGAAAGGGGCGAGCCCUGCCUGUCGGUGGUGAGGGGCUGCGGGCAGCGGGGGCUCCGCGGGUCGCAGGGACGCCCUGCCCAGUGGGUGGAACGUGUAGAGCGGAACGCGAGGUCGAGCCUGGCGGCCCCUCGGAACCUUUAACGUGGUAUCUAACGUGGUGUUUCAUUUAGCCCACAGUGGGAUUAAUUCAUUGGGGGCAGUGUCCCUGGUCUGGCUCCUCCAGGAGCUGGGCAACCUUGACGGGCUUUUUGUCUUGUGCUCCAGCCCCUUUUCCCUUCCUCCUCCAGAUGCCUUUUCUGUGCCCCUCCUCGCCCGGUACAGACAUUUCCAGCGCAGGCUGCUGCUCGUGGUGGCCGUCGAAGCUACUUCUCGGGAUUUCGGCUGAUUUCUCUCUGGGGUGUUUUUUGAGGAGAGGGACUUUCCCCCUCCUCCACGAUGGGUUUUUCCUCCCUUGCCAGCAUGGACUUUCAUUGAUUUUUACUUACUUCUUCAACGUUUAGUGACCAAUUCCCUAGGCGUAUUUUUGUGGUAGUUCCUUUUUUCAUACACUUAGUCUGUAAAAUGGAGAACGAGGUUUUUACUCCCCUUCUGGAGCAGUUCAUGACCAGCCCCUUGGUCACUUGGGUUAAAACGUUUGGACCUCUGGCUGCAGGAAAUGGGACCAACCUGGAUGAAUAUGUGGCUUUGGUGGAUGGGGUAUUCUUGAACCAGGUCAUGCUCCAAAUUAAUCCUAAAACAGAGAGUCAGAGAGUAAAUAAAAAAGUAAACAAUGAUGCAUCACUUAGGAUUCAUAAUCUUUCCAUUUUGGUGAAACAAAUAAAAUUUUAUUACCAGGAGACUUUGCAGCAAUUGAUCAUGAUGUCUUUGCCAAAUGUCUUAAUCAUUGGCAAAAAUCCCUUUUCUGAACAAGGCACAGAAGAAGUUAAAAAGCUGCUUUUACUUUUACUGGGUUGUGCAGUUCAGUGUCAGAAAAAAGAAGAAUUCAUUGAAAGAAUUCAAGGUUUAGAUUUUGAUACAAAAGCAGCAGUUGCCGCACAUAUACAAGAGGUUACCCAUAAUCAGGAAAAUGUGUUCGAUCUUCAGUGGAUGGAAGUGACUGAUCUAUCUCAGGAGGACAUAGAACCACUCUUGAAAAAUAUGGCUUUACACCUAAAAAGACUUAUUGAUGAGAGAGAUGAACAUUCCGAGACUAUCAUAGAGCUUUCUGAAGAGCGGGAUGGUCUCCAUUUUCUACCCCAUGCCUCUUCAUCGGCACAGUCACCCUGUGGUUCUCCAGGCAUGAAGCGAACGGAAAGUCGACAACAUCUGUCAGUGGAACUGGCAGAUGCUAAAGCCAAGAUAAGAAGGCUCAGGCAGGAACUAGAGGAAAAGACUGAACAGUUAUUGGACUGUAAACAAGAACUUGAGCAAAUGGAAAUAGAACUAAAAAGGCUGCAACAAGAGAAUAUGAAUUUGCUUUCGGAUGCUCGUUCUGCCAGAAUGUACCGAGAUGAAUUAGAUGCACUUCGAGAGAAGGCAAUCAGAGUUGAUAAGCUUGAAAGCGAAGUCAGCAGAUACAAAGAGAGGUUACAUGAUAUUGAAUUUUAUAAGGCAAGAGUUGAGGAAUUAAAGGAAGACAAUCAGGUUUUAUUAGAAACAAAAACCAUGUUGGAAGAUCAACUAGAAGGAACUCGAGCUCGUUCUGAUAAAUUACAUGAAUUAGAAAAAGAGAACUUACAACUGAAGGCUAAGCUUCAUGAUAUGGAAAUGGAACGAGAUAUGGAUAGAAAAAAGAUUGAAGAACUAAUGGAAGAAAACAUGACUUUGGAAAUGGCACAGAAACAAAGUAUGGAUGAAUCAUUACAUCUUGGCUGGGAGCUGGAGCAGAUAUCCAAAACUAGUGAACUUUCUGAAGCACCACAGAAGUCCUUGGGCCAUGAGGUGAAUGAGUUGACAUCAAGUAGAUUAUUGAAGUUGGAGAUGGAAAACCAGAGUUUAACAAAAACUGUAGAAGAGCUUCGGAGUACUAUGGAUUCUGUAGAAGGCAACACUUCCAAAAUCCUAAAAGUUGAAAAAGAAAAUCAAAGACUAAGUAAAAAGGUUGAAAUUCUUGAAAAUGAGAUUGUUCAAGAAAAGCAAAGUCUUCAGAAUUGUCAGAAUUUAAGCAAAGAUCUAAUGAAGGAAAAAGCUCAGCUUGAAAAAACAAUUGAAACACUUAGAGAAAAUUCAGAGAGACAGAUUAAAAUAUUGGAACAGGAAAAUGAACAUCUAAAUCAAACAGUAACUUCUUUAAGGCAGCGUUCUCAGAUAAGUGCUGAAGCAAGAGUGAAAGACAUUGAAAAAGAAAAUAAAAUUCUUCAUGAAUCUAUCAAAGAAACAAGUAGCAAACUAAGCAAGAUUGAAUUUGAAAAGAGACAAAUUAGAAAAGAAUUGGAACAUUAUAAGGAAAAAGGAGAACGAGCAGAAGAACUUGAAAAUGAGCUACAUCAUCUUGAAAAAGAAAAUGAAUUGUUACAGAAAAAGAUAACUAAUUUAAAAAUCACUUGUGAAAAAAUUGAAGCCUUAGAACAAGAAAAUUCAGAGUUAGAAAGAGACAACAGAAAAUUAAAAAAAACAUUGGAUAGCUUUAAAAACCUUACUUUUCAGCUAGAAUCCCUAGAAAAGGAGAAUUCUCAACUUGAUGAGGAAAAUUUAGAACUGAGAAGGAAUGUGGAAUCUUUGAAGUGUGCAAGCAUGAAAAUGGCUCAGCUACAACUAGAAAACAAAGAACUGGAAAGUGAAAAAGAACAACUUAAGAAAGGUUUGGAGCUCAUGAAAGCAUCUUUCAAGAAAACAGAACGCUUAGAAGUUAGCUACCAGGGUUUAGAUACAGAAAAUCAAAGGCUACAGAAAGCUCUAGAGAACAGCAAUAAAAAAAUCCAACAAUUAGAAGGUGAACUACAAGACUUAGAGAUGGAAAAUCAAACACUACAAAAAAACCUAGAAGAAUUAAAAAUAUCAAGCAAAAGACUAGAACAGCUGGAAAAAGAAAAUAAAUCUUUAGAACAAGAGACUUCUCAACUGGAAAAGGAUAAGAAACAAUUGGAGAAGGAAAAUAAAAGACUCCGACAACAAGCAGAAAUUAAAGAUACCACAUUAGAAGAAAAUAAUGUAAAGAUUGGAAAUUUGGAAAAAGAAAACAAAACACUAUUCAAAGAAAUUGGUAUAUAUAAAGAAUCUUGUAUUCGCCUCAAAGAAUUAGAGAAAGAAAAUAAGGAGCUUGUGAAAAGAGCAACUAUUGAUAUAAAAACUUUGGUUACAUUGCGUGAGGAUUUGGUGAGUGAAAAAUUGAAGACUCAGCAGAUGAACAAUGAUCUUGAAAAAUUAACUCAUGAGCUUGAGAAAAUAGGAUUAAAUAAAGAGCGACUAUUAUGUGAUGAGCAAAGUACUGAUGACAGUAGAUAUAAACUUCUGGAAUCAAAAUUAGAAUCCACUCUUAAGAAGUCCCUUGAAAUAAAAGAAGAAAAAAUUGCUGCUUUAGAAGCUCGAUUAGAAGAAUCCACAAAUUACAACCAACAAUUACGCCAAGAACUUAAAACGGUGAAAAAAAAUUAUGAAGCUCUCAAACAAAGACAAGAUGAGGAAAGGAUGAUUCAGAGCUCUCCUCCAGUAUCUGGCGAAGAUAACAAAUGGGAGAGAGAAAGUCAGGAAACCACUAGAGAGCUUCUGAAAGUUAAAGACAGGUUAAUUGAAGUAGAACGAAACAAUGCUACACUGCAAGCAGAGAAGCAAGCAUUGAAAACUCAACUGAAACAACUUGAGACACAGAACAGUAAUUUGCAGGCUCAAAUUCUUGCACUUCAGAGGCAGACAGUGUCCCUGCAGGAACAGAAUACCACUCUCCAAACACAGAAUGCCAAGCUUCAGGUUGAAAAUUCCACCCUUAAUUCCCAAAGUACCUCACUUAUGAACCAGAAUGCACAGCUCUUAAUCCAGCAGUCUUCCUUAGAAAAUGAAAAUGAAUCUGUAAUCAAAGAACGAGAAGAGCUAAAAUCUCUCUAUGAUUCUCUGAUCAAAGAUCAUGAAAAGCUGGAACUUCUUCAUGAACGGCAGGCUUCAGAAUAUGAAUCUCUUAUCUCUAAACAUGGAACUCUAAAGUCUGCCCACAAAAAUCUUGAGGUGGAACAUAAAGAUCUCGAAGACCGUUAUAAUCAGUUACUAAAACAGAAAGGACAGUUGGAGGAUUUGGAAAAGAUGCUCAAAAUAGAACAAGAAAAAAUGCUGCUUGAAAAUAAAAACCAUGAGAUGGUAGCUGCAGAGUACAAGAAACUUUGUGUUGAAAAUGAGAGGUUGAAUCAUACAUAUAGUCAACUUUUAAAAGAGUCUGAAGUGUUGCAAACUGACCAUAAAAAUUUAAAAAGUCUUCUAAAUAAUUCCAAACUGGAACAAACAAAAUUAGAAGCUGAAUUUUCAAAGCUAAAGGAACAAUACCAACAGUUGGAUAUUACAUCCACCAAGCUGAAUAACCAGUGUGAGUUGCUAAGCCAACUUAAAGGAAAUUUAGAAGAAGAAAAUCGACAUCUGCUAGAUCAAAUUCAGACAUUAAUGCUGCAGAACAGAACACUCUUGGAACAGAACAUGGAAAGCAAAGAUCUUUUUCAUGUUGAACAACGACAGUACAUUGAUAAGUUAAAUGAAUUAAGGCGGCAGAAAGAGAAAUUGGAAGAGAAGAUUAUGGAUCAAUACAAAUUCUAUGACCCAUCUCCGCCUAGAAGGAGAGGCAACUGGAUUACUCUAAAAAUGAGAAAAUUGAUAAAAUCUAAGAAAGAUAUUAAUCGGGAACGUCAGAAAUCUCUAACAUUAACACCUACCCGCUCAGACUCCAGUGAAGGAUUUCUUCAGCUUCCCCAUCAAGAUAGUCAAGAUAGUUCUUCAGUGGGUUCAAACUCUUUAGAAGAUGGCCAAACUGUGGGGACCAAGAAAAGCAGCAUGGUUGCACUGAAAAGACUGCCCUUUUUGAGGAACAGACCGAAGGAUAAAGACAAAAUGAAGGCCUGCUACCGUCGUUCCAUGUCCAUGAAUGACCUGGUGCAGUCCAUGGUCCUAGCAGGACAGUGGACAGGUAGUACUGAGAAUUUGGAGGUUCCUGAUGAUAUUUCAAGGAGAAAAGAAUUGGGAGCUAUGGCCUUCUCUACUACAGCCAUCAACUUUUCAACUGUCAACUCUUCUGCAGGCUUCAGAUCCAAGCAGUUGGUUAAUAAUAAAGAUACUACAUCCUUUGAAGACGUAAGUCCACAAGGUAUUAGUGAUGAUUCUAGUACGGGAUCAAGAGUUCAUGGAAUGCAGGCCAUUAUCUGUGCAGGUGCUCAUAUCCAUCCUCUUCGUGGCAUCUCUGCAGUGUGCAGGUUUCCUUGUAUGAUCUGUUCUUCAAGACCAGCCAGCCUUGAUAGUGGCAGAACAUCCACUAGCAAUAGCAAUAAUAAUGCUUCACUCCAUGAAGUCAAAGCAGGUGCAGUUAAUAGCCAAAGCAGGCCACAAAGCCACAGCAGUGGAGAGUUUAGCCUGCUUCAUGAUCAUGAGGCUUGGUCCAGCAGUGGUAGCAGUCCAAUCCAGUACUUGAAAAGACAGACCAGAUCAAGUCCAGUGCUCCAGCACAAAAUGCCUGAAACAUCAGAGAGUCAAGCACAUCACAAGAUCAAAACUGGGUCCCCUGGAAGUGAAAUUGUUACUCUCCAACAAUUUUUGGAAGAAAGCAACAAGCUUACCUCAAUACAGUUGAAGUCCUCAAGUCAAGAGAAUCUUUUAGAUGAAGUAAUGAAAAGUUUGUCUGUCUCUUCUGACUUUUUGGGAAAAGACAAACCAGUUAGCUGUGGUCUGGCCAGGUCAGUAAGUGGAAAAACCCCAGGGGACUUCUAUGAUAGACGGACAACUAAGCCUGAGUUUGUGAGACCUGGUCCUCGAAAGACUGAAGAAACCCACUUCAUUAGUUCUGCAGGAAAAACUACACCAGGCACUCAAGGAAAGAAAAAAUUGGUAAAAGAAACUCCCCUGUCACGACAAUCAAAAGAUAGUAACCCUUAUGCCACUUUACCUCGUGCAAGCAGUGUGAUCUCUACUGCCGAAGGAACUACACGAAGGACAAGCAUCCAUGAUUUUCUGACUAAGGACAGUAGACUGCCUGUAUCAGUUGAUUCACCACCAGCUGCUGCUGAUAGCACCACUGCAGCUUCUAAUGUGGACAAAGUACAAGAAAGCAGAAAUUCAAAAAGCAGGUCAAGGGAGCAACAAAGCUCCUAAUUCUUUUAUCCCACUACAUGACAUGUGGGCCAAGUGAGAGAAAAGUGUCCUUCAGUUUCUCAAUAUGAAGCCUUUAUUUCUGAAGUAACAAGACACCUAGCAACUAUAGGAAUCAUUUUUAAAAAUCUUUAAGGAGACUUUUAACAAUCCUUCGUGAAUAGAGCAGGCAAGAAAUACAAACCUUCAUUUCUUCCUUGAAUCAAGGAGCACUACUGGAUUCAGCUGCCAAAAUUUUUAGAAGGUUUUAGCCCUUACUAUACAUUGUACUGUUAAGAUCUACUGAAUAAAGGACAUUCUCUCGCUAAGGACCAAGUGUUUUAAGGUCAAGUGUUCCAAGAAGUACACCAAGAACAAUCUACUUUUUUUCAUCAUUUGUUUCAUGGAUUUAUCUGUUUGCUUAAUGCUUCUGCUAAAUAUUAGCCCAAAUCUAGCCAUUUAUAUUUAGUUGUGUAAAUCUAAAUUAAAUGCUGUAGUAUUUUGUGGAAUGUACUAUAUAUCAAGAUACAGAGAAAAUUGUUUUGGCAUGUCAGAGCCUUACUUGGUUAGCAGACUGCAUGUGUUGGUACUUUUUUUUCCCUUAAAGCCAAUUAUUUUGAUGUACUUCAGAAGAAAUUCAGUUUAUAAGAUAAAUCUAAAAGAUCCAUAAUGAAAUAGAAGUUAUAAAAAUUUAUAGUGAUAUUAAUCUUUCCAUAUUCCCUAUUAAGCAGCACUAAGCAUUCAUACAUGGAUCCAAGGUAAUUAAAGUGUUUUUCUGAAACAUUUUUUAGUAAGAUGGUUUUCCAGCAAAUGGCAUUCCCAGUAUAAAGCUCUUCUGUUUUAACUCAUUUCCCUUUUUUGGUAUUGGGUUAUGGAUGUGUGUUUGUUUUUAACUUGAGAGCUGACUGUUGCUUAAGAAGUUUUCUUAUGGCAAAAAUAAUGUAAAUAAUUUACUAUAAUCUGCAUUUUGCCAGGAGCUCAUUUAUUAUUAAGGUUAUCAUUUUUAUUAAUAAGAAUUUUUCUGUUUUUGUCCUUUAUAAUACAUUAAAGUUGAUAACUGUUA